GGCCUAUGACGAUGAACUGGACGCUCGUGAUCAUCGUCAUCGCGUCAUUAGCAUCGACAGUGACGAUGAGGGACCAACAGCAUCAGACAGGCCUUAAGAUGCGUCAUCUCCCGUCGGAUACAGCAUCCCAGGGGCUCAUCCCAGGGCAGAGUUGGGAGGCGAAACCACGAGACAACGACCUUGUGCCUGGCCAAGAUCCCCUUUCCAUCUCCCCCGUGCCCAAGCGUGUGGAAAGAGUUACAAAGUCAGAAGCAAUCACGUCUUCAAGAUCCGGCUGCACGCCCCCGGCACUUGCAACAUGAUUUUCAGGGCAAGGCCGAAAGCAGCCUUCAAGCUGUCCUGCUCAGCGGUGACAGUUGACAGCUGUGACACCUCGCAGCUACAUCUCUCUUUCAGCAAUUCGACGCUGACCAGAAUUUGUGGAGGAACGACGACGGUGAACGAGAAGACGCUGACGGAGCUCCUCCUGACUCACAGAGUUGUCUCCGGUUCUCCGUCAGAACCUUCGGUAGUCAGGUGCAACGUCAUCGGUAAAGGAGGUACAGGUCAUCGGGCGCAAGGAACACAAAAGUGUCCAUUGACAUGUGGUAUGACCCAAGGAAAUGCCGAUAGCGUACCCUCGCUGUAUGUUAAUGCACGAACUGCCGUCGACCUCAUCCAGAAGAUCACAGACGAAACUACGGAAGAGACGACGGAGGAGACGACCGAAUCCGUCACAGAAGCCGACACGGAAAUCACGACUUUCGCCUCCGUUGAGAAUGACACAAAGAGCGCCGCAGCUCCUCCUCUGUCCUCAUCCUUGAAGGUCGAGGGGGGAACCAACGCUGUCAAGGGCGAGUGGCCGUGGAUGGUGUACCUGCAAUUGCUCAUCAAAGGCUCUCUGCUCUACUGUGGCGGAACGAUCCUCAGCCCGCGGUUCGUUCUGACGGCCGCCCACUGCGUGUUCGAUGUGAAUAUUGAGAAAGGCGACAAGGUGGUGGUGAAGGCUAACGAAUACGACUUGAAGAACAAAGACGAGACAGUCACCCAGUCCAUCAGGGUUCAGAAGAUCAUCCUCCACCCGAAAUAUAGGUCGGCGACGCAGAGGGCGGAUAUUGCUCUACUGAUGCUGCGAAAAGACCUGGUCAUGGGUCGCGGCGUCGCCCCCAUUUGCCUGCCACCCGAGGGCGACUACGAGAACUUCAACACCAUUGUCCUGGGCUGGGGGAGCUUGAGCUUUACUGGCAGGGACCCACGAAAGUUGCAGAAGGGGACGCUGAAGGUCACCAGUCUGAGUGAAUGCAAGAAAAACUACACGACACUCGAAAGCAAUUACGCCAUCACGAAAAAACACGUGUGCACAGCUGCUCCGGGCGUGGACUCCUGCCUCGGGGAUUCUGGAGGGCCUGUUGUUAUGCAGCUGGGGACACUGUGGUACCAGCUUGGCAUUGUCUCGUUUGGAGAAAGGUGUGCAGUGCCCGGGUAUCCGGGCGUCAACACCAACGUUGUAGAAUACACCUCAUGGAUACUUAGAAUAAUUCGCAAAGAAAAAUGCAAGUGAUAUUUAUCUAUGGAAGAUGCUGGAGGCUGGAAGGCAGAGAUGGUGUUUGUGUUCUCCUUUUAAUCUGAUGUCUGUAUGCGUUCCCUCGUAGAGGAAUGCAUACGGUGGCGUAGUCACGGAGAUGUAAGGUAUCCUCAGAUUUCAGAAGGGGAGGGCGAGGCUUUACAAAUCCCAGGGAUUACAGGAAUACUUCAUAGUUCAAAUUCACUUGGGAGAUUCACAGCAAUCUCUUAUUAAGGAAAAAUUCGGUUACUUCCUCAGCGGGUGUGUGUUGGGUUGGGGGGGAGGGGGGCGCAGAUAUAUGCCACUGGCCGCGCCGCGGAUUGCAAAGAUUAUUUGCAUGUAGUGAAUGUUUGUGUGGAAUUGUUAUGAGUCUGAGAUCCACUUUGUGUACAAGUUUGUUGUUUGAUGAUUUACACUGCGUACAAAUUAGAAUUAAUAAUUUAUUUGUAUUGAUAUUGAUAAAACAAUAAAACCUUAUGAUAUGUUUA